AUGGCACCCGAAAGAGAGCUUCACAAGUUUCCCAAGGGAGAACGUUGCGAGUUCUGCGGUUCUCGAAAGUGGUACCUUGAGAACGGUCUGAGAUACUGUGCCAAGGAAGGCCAUCAACUCCAGGGCUAUGUGGAGUUCGAUCUUGGCGACGAGGAUUUCGGCCAGAAGGGUCGUGUGUCUCGCAAAGAGAAGCAGGUCAAGGAGCGUGUAAAAAGGGUGCUUACCGGCCAGCAGGCGCGGGACUUGUAUCUUGAAUGCCUCCAGCUUAUACUGAGAGAACAGAUCCUCUGGCUGGUCAGGGAAAAGGGGCAUAAGGCCGAGCUGGAAACGGUGGUUCGCGACCUUUGGGAUCUUCGGACCUGCGGAGCUGCGACUGUCGUCCACGACGAUUCGGCCUCGGAGGGGGAGCCCUCACUGUUCAGCUCACAGCUCGACCUCACGCAGGAUGAGCAGCCUCACACGAGGACCAAGAGGGCACAAAGCUGGACUGCUGAAAAUGGCAGUGAGUGGCCGGCACCGCGGGUGAUGGAUACUCUAGGUCUCUGCUUCCUGGGAUGCGUGCUUCUCAGGAUACCAACGCGCAUCGGUGAUCUUGCGAGAUGGGCGAGGACAGGAAGCAUCCCCUACAGACAAGCUUAUCGUCGGCUGCCUCAAGAAAUGCGCGACAGAUUACCGCCGUGGUAUACCACACCGCUCAAGGCAGCACGCCUUGCUGCGUUCGACCAGGGCGAACUCCAUGCUUCGGUCUUGAACCUUGCUCUAUCGUAUCAUUUCAACUACAACAUGGUCUUUCCCCCGCUCAACGACGUCCUGAUGACGCUGCAGUAUGUCCGUGAGCUUGGGCUGCCCAUUGAGACGAUCGCCAUUGCUCGUAGAAUACCGCCAAUUGCCAAUAUGACCUUUGGUUUUCCACUGGAGAAGACUCGAAUUCGUCUCAUACACCAGCCAGAAGUUCUUCUUGUUGCCAUCCUCGUUUUCGCAACCAUCCACUGUUUCCCCUUCGAGGAAUCUACGCCUUCUGCUCGAGAUGAGAACAACUUCAUGGUGCCGAGACUCAACUGGGAAGAAUGGCGGACGAUUAUGGCACCAGCUUUGAGCCCAGGCCCGGCUCAGGCGAGCGUUGACUACACCGAUGUUACGGCGUCACAGAUAAUGUCAAUGGAGCCGUCGGAGCUCGACGAGUACUUUGCACAUAUGUCCCUCCUUACCGACGCGCAAGCCGAGGAAACGAUGCUCGCGAGGUACUUUCCCAUCGACGAGCAGCCGUCCAAGCAAGCAAUGUCCGAGACCCCCGAAGAUGAGACGCUUGGGAGGUUACGCACCAUCCAAGCACAAGCUGCAUCGUUUGCCGACCAGGAGGGCAGUCCACGAAAGAACCGAUACUACUCUUACAAGUCCGAAGAAGACUUGCCGCCGGCAGGCAGAGACUUCUUUAAGCUCGCUGCCCAACUAGCAGGGUUGUCAGUUCCUAUGCUGGUGCGAGCAGUCAACAUGCUCGAGGCAUACAUAGUAGUCUGGCAAAGGGAGCAACGUCGGGCGGCAAUUGAACGUCGCGAAAGAUCUCGGUCAGUAAUGAAUGUAGACUCGGAGACUGAGCAGCCCACAUUUGCCGAGUGA